CUAGAAAGUGUAUAUAGGUUUUUGUUCGUUGCUUGGCAAUCUUAUAUUCUUUACCUCAGGAUGAUCAGCUUCUAGCCUUCUGCCCCUCAUUUUACACUGCUCGCAGUCAUAUAGUAUCUCAUACAAUGGCGUAUAUAAAUAGCUGAUAAUACUAAUUGCUACGAGUUUACUGGCAAAAAUACGCGAUUAAGAUCUGUCCAUGGCCGCAGGAGAGCCCCGGUCUCUGGAAUACACACCAACAUGGGUUGUGACCGUCGUCUGCUUUAUUAUUGUUCUCAUAUCUCUCGGGGCUGAGCGUGGUCUUCGUAGACUCGGAAAGUUUUUCAAGCACGAGAAGCAAGAGUCAUUGUUUGAGGCCUUACAGGAGGUCAAGGGAGAAUUGAUGCUUCUGGGGUUUAUUUCCUUACUCUUGACGGUGUUUCAAGGUCCAAUAAGCCGUAUAUGCAUUCCUCCUCAUGCUGCAAACAUCAUGCUCCCAUGCAAGCUUAAAACUGAGGCUUCCUCUGGUGGUUCUGAGCAUCUUGACAUCGCCAAACAUGGGAGGAGGCUUUUGGCUGAAGAUGUGAGCUUGGAAACUUGUGCACGCCAGGGAAAACUCCCACUGUUGUCACUGGAAGCAUUGCAUCAGCUGCACAUUUUCAUAUUUGUGUUGGCUGUGGUUGAUGUGAUCUUCUGUGCUACCAUCGUGCUCCUAGGAAGAGCAAAGAUAAAGCAGUGGAAGCCCUGGGAGGACUCAAUUAGAAGCGAGUUGCAAAAACCACAUGAUAGAGCUUAUGAAAUUUUUGUCCACCGAAUAUUCGAGGAGAGGGCAGGGAGACAUUGGGAAAAGUCUACUGUUGUGAGUUGGAUGGUAUCGUUCUUCAGACAGUUUCUUGGCUCAGUUACCAAGUCAGACUACAUUGUCUUGCGAGAAGGAUUUAUACGGGCUCAUUGUCCCUCCGUGCCUAACUUCGAUUUUCACACUUACAUGUUGCGGACCCUCGAACACGACUUCAAGAAAAUAGUUGGCAUAAGCUGGUACUUAUGGGUCUUUGCUAUGAUCUUUUUGUUGAUAAAUUUGGCAGGGUGGCACUCGUACUUCUGGCUAUCAUUCCUGCCUUUAGUACUACUACUUCUUGUGGGUGCUAAAUUAGAGCACAUAAUUACUGAAUUAGCUCAAGAGGUUGCAGAGAAAAGGAACGGAGAAGCUGAAGCACCACCGGUGAAGCCUUCUGAUGAACUCUUUUGGUUUCAUAGCCCAACUCUUUUUCUAUACUUGAUUCACUUCAUACUAUUUCAAAAUUCAUUCGGGAUUGCUUUUCUUUUUUGGGUUUGGGCCACAUAUGGGCUCAAAUCAUGCAUUAUGGAAAAAUUGGGAUUUAUUAUUCCAAGACUUGCUAUAGGGAUACUUGUCCAAAUCCUUUGCAGUUACAGUACUUUACCUUUAUAUGUUCUAGUUACACAGAUGGGUAGCAAGUUUAAGCAAGGCUUGUUUGACGACUACAUAAACUCGAUUAUUUCGAACUGGGCGCUAAGAUUGAGACCUGGUUCUGCCACCGGUGGGAGUCAUGGACUGGCUGGCGAAUCUGUGGAUAGCUAAGAUUAAAUUAGUCACAUAGAGAGAGAUAUGUAGCUUGGGAAGAAGGGCAAAGUUGGAUGCAAGAGGAGAAAGAUUGUGGGGCAGUGACUGGUAUGGAGAAGAUGAGAAUGGUUUGGAGUACCAGAGAGAGAGAGAGCUUUCAUCUAAACUCUUAUUUAUGUCAUUAUACAAAUGAAAUGUGCGUAAAAGUGUGAAUAUUUAUGAAUGCUUAUGACCAUUUAUAUAUUAUUAUGUAUUCAUAUUCAUGUGAAGUAUAUUUUAGGGUUUUUAGGAAAAAGGAUUCUUAA